AACAAGAAGUUUUUAUAAACUCUUCUACACAUGCAUAUUAACAGGAAUAAAUAGAACAGGUCAGUACAUUACAGAAGGCCCUGUGGCCCACGAUGUCUAUGAUGCCAACUUAAAUUGCACAACAGCGUGCAUGUUGUCUGUAUCCAUCCAAUCCCCGCCUGUUCAUGCGUCUGUCUAAAUGCCUCUUCAAACAUUAUAGUUACUAUUAAAACCUUACAAUAAAACCAUAAUGAGCAUAAUAUAUUGCUUCAUGAUGUAAUUCAAAAUCAAAAUCCUGCCACAAAUGAAUAAAUCACAGUGCUUACAAGGCUGUUCUUGGCAAUGGUCAAUAUCAAGUCUUUCUCAUCACCUUGAAUUCAAGGGUAACAGUAGAAAGAGUUCACUCUCAAUAAUCAGUUCGUGGUUAACAAAACCAUGCUUGGAGAAAUACUUGGAUACUGGAUAUGAUAGGUUAGGAAGUCAAUUUUUGAAGCUAAAACUUUUAGUUGUUUAUAUUUCACAUCAGCAUCAAGCUCAGGAUUUUCCACAUGGAUUUUGUAUGACGCUUAUUUGAUCAACUCAUGGAUAUGCAGUUAACAGUCUAAAGUAGCGUUUAAGCCAUUCACUCUUUUCUAGGUCGACAAAAUUCACUUUCCAGUUUCAGCAUACCGUAAAAGAUUUUUAACAUGUUAUGUACCCCGAGGGUUCAUAUUUUCUGAAGCGUCACUUUAAAACACUGGGAGAAUGAGACUGACUUUGGACGCUAUUUGAGCUGCUCCAGAGAGACAGACAUGGAGUUAUUUGAUGGUCAAUCGAUGUUAUGGUUUCUCUGCAGCUUGGUUUGAAUAUACACCCUAUCCUCGUUAUAUGCGUCUUCAGACAAUGCCGAUUCAGUUAUGCAAAGAGCACCACUUUCCCGCCAAUACAAGUCAGGUGCACACGCCUCACAAUCUCACUCCCACAAGUCUCGCAUUGGUUUUGGCAAGGUGUAGAUAUGCAAUCUUGCGCUCUUAAACUUUUUGAGUUUUUACCUACGGUGCAAUGAUUUUGUGCUUGAAAUAUAUAACCAUGCCUUCUAAGCAUCUGAUGUCACGUCCUGGGCCAUCAGCCGAGUGACAGAGAACUGCUUUAACACUUGAAAAAAAGUUGGAAAUUAUGAACAGAGCAGCAUCAGAUGAAGGUAACACAGUUCUGGGAUGUUACUGCCAGGAACAGGAUCUUGCCUUUAAAGUUCCUUUGUUGUUUGACAAUGUGCCAGCCCAUCCUAAACAUUUUGACAGCAUUCACCCUAACAUAAUAGUGCGUUUCCUGCCGCCUAACACAACAUUGCCAUUCGACCAAGGCGUGAUGCACAUUCAAGGCAUUUUUUUUACGGCAACUAUCUCUCAGAUGCUGCAAGCAACAGACGAUUUUGAAAAUCCCAGGAGUUUACCAACAGUGAAGGAAUGGUGGAAGUCGGAACACUUGGCACAAAUGGCAGUGGACACAGACCCAAGUUCUGAACGGAGUCAGCAUUUCUGUCGUUCCCUGCCGUCAGCCCUUCUUCCCUACAAGCAAAUUUAUGCUGAAAAACAAAAUGCUCCCAAGCAAACAACCCUCAUCACUUUCUUCAAACCGGUGUCAUCUCCUGCUGCCGGCAGUUCUAAGAAUUCUGUGAGUCUUCCUUCACCCCUUGCUGUGCUUGAUGAUCCCGACGACCCACAACAUCCACCUUAUCCAUGUAAAGCCACCCGACACCACAACAACCACUCACCUCCCGGAGCGAACACACCUGCCACUGUUGUUGUGGAAUCUGUGGAAUAUUGACAUAAUUGCCUUCUCACAACAUUCGCCUUUGGAUUACAAACAUCUUGCACUAAUUAACCUGUGCAUUUGAACUGAACUUUUCUUACAUACCAUACCAAGACCGUAACUCUUGCCACCCAAGUUUGAAUAAGUUUGGGAACUUUAUUUACACCUAUAUAUGCAUAACACCAUUAACUCUUGAUUUACCUGGUUUAAGUUACUGUAUGACGUAGUUACUAAUAAAGUACUGUU